CUCUACUGUCCAAGACCGGACUUGACUUGAAAUGUGCCUUUCUGCCCUCUCAACUGCUUCCCAUGCAGUAGCCCCGCUAUACCAGAGAUCUUUGUUUGCCUGAAUGAAGAAUCAGGUUAUUUGGGUUUCUUCUCCCAGGUCCUGCACAAAGAUGAGGAAUCUCCACAUAUUCGCAUUGCUGGGGGCUUGCAGUCUCCUGGAGGUGAAUGGGAGCGUUCUGGAAUAUCAAAAGAUGAUUAAACAAGUCACUGGCAAAGGUGCUAUCCUGAGCUAUUACGGCUAUGGCUGCUACUGUGGAUCAAAAGGCAAGGGGGAACCAAAGGAUGCCACGGAUUGGUGUUGUCAUAUUCACAACUGCUGCUAUAAAAGGCUGAAGGAGAGCAACUGUCACGGAAACACCAAGCGGUAUGAUUAUGCCUACAAGAAUGGGAAUAUAAUCUGCGCUUUGGGGAGCUGGUGUGAAGAGCAGGUCUGUGCAUGCGACAGGAAUGCCGUGUUCUGCCUGGAGAAAAACCUCGACACGUACAAUUCGCGUUUCGUUCGCUACCGAGACAGCAAGUGCACGGGAUCCACGCCUGAGUGCUAUAGGGGCUGCCUGAGUCCCUGCCAGUCCUUCAACCGAGCAUUUAACUGACAAGAUUUCCCUUGUCCAACGCUUCCCCAGGAAAAAUCAGCCCAGUGCCAGGGGUGGAGCUAUAGAAGGCCUGUGCUUUCAGAGAGCUCUUCUGUAGAGAAAAAGUCUGCAGAACUGCUUAUGAAUAAUGAACGGGAUUGACCUUCACUGUGUGAUUAGCAUACACCGGACCAAAAGAGAACGAUCUCCGGACAAUGGCUCAUACAGUGAGAGGCAAUAUGUUGGAGGCACGGGACUGGGUUCUAUUCCUGGCUCUGUUCAUGACUUCCUAUAUGAUCUUGGGCGAGGUAGUUAGUUGCUCAGUUUACCCACCUGUAAAAUGGGGAGAAAAUAAUCCUCCCUUUUCCCUACCCUUUGUCUGCUUGAAUAUUUAAACUGCAUGGCCCUGUCUCUUGGAGUGCUGCAUUAGUACAGCAUCUUGCACAACACAGCUCUGACCUCAGCUUUGCUCCAAAGGGUGCUAAAAGUAGUAUUAAGAUGGUGGCUAGCGACUGUUUGAAUAAGUAGCAGUCUCAUGGGAGUGAUGAAGGAAGCUCUCCACUGUUUCCUGUACUGACUACAGCUUGAUUUCCAUGUGCUUUGCUUAUCAUUCUGUGUCCUUUAUUUUACUUCUAAAUAAAAGG